AUGGCCAUUUUGCAUGAUAUGGUGGAAUACUUUGUUGAGGUGUUCAUGGAUGAUUUUUCCGUCUUUGGGAAGUCUUUGGAGGUGUCUAAAUCUGGUUUGGAGUUUGAUAAGGCUAAGGUAGAAGUUAUUGAGAAAUUAUCCCCUCUCAUUUCUGUAAAAGGUGUGCGUAGUUUUCUUGGUCAUGCAUGUUUUUACAGGCGAUUCAUCAAGCAUUUUUCCAAGAUUGCCAGACCUAUGUGCAGUCUUUUGGAGAUGGAGGUGAAGUUUGACUUUGAUGAGAUGUGUUUGAAAGCAUUUGAGAUGUUGAAGAGGAACUUAAUUGCGGCUCCCAUCUUAAUUGCUCGCGAUUGGGGAUUACCAUUUGAACUCAUGUGUGAUGCAAGCGACGUAGCAGUGGGUGCAGUGUUAGGACAGAGAAAGAAUAAAGUGUUCCACUCGAUCUAUUAUGCAAGAAAGACCCUUAACUAUACACAAGCUAAUUACACAGUGACUGAGAAAGAGAUGCUGGCUCUAGUGUUCGCCUUCGACAAGUUCAGAUCAUAUUUGGUAGCUACUAAAGUGAUUGUUUUUACUUACCAUGCAACUAUUAGGUACUUAUUCAACAAGAAGGAUGCUAAACCAAGGUUGAAGGAUUUUUACAAUGUAAAUGAAGGUGAGAAAAUUCGGGAAGAGUUUCCGAAUGAACAAUUGAUGGCAUUAGAUAUCUCUCAAGUUCCAUGGUAUGCAGACAUUGUGAAUUUGAUAGUAAGUGGCGAUUAUCCUCCGGGUGCAACCUCCCAACAAAAGAAAGAGCUCAAUCAUAAUGCCAAGUUCUGUAUCUGGGAUGAAGCAUUCUUUAUCAAGCAAGGUGUAGACCGGGUAGUGAGAAGGUGCAUUCCGGAGUGUGAGGUUCACAAAGUGCUCGAAAGUGGUCAUGCUAGCCCAUAUGGAGGUCACCACGGAGGAGAGCGCACUGCUAAUAAGGUACUACAAUCUAGUUUCUUUUGGCCCUCGUUAUUUAAAGAUACUAUUGCUUUUGUGAAGGGUUAUGAUAAAUGCCAAAUGUUGGGUACUAUUUCAAGAAGACAUGAGAUGCCGCUAAGUACCAUUUUGGAGGUGGAAAUCUUUGAUGUGUGGGGUAUUGACUUCAUGGGUCCAUUCCUUCCAUCUAGUGGAAAUCAAUACAUUCUUGUGGCUGUGGAUUAUGUUAGUAAAUGGGUUGAGGUAGUCACACUUCCUUCCAAUGAUUCAAGGGUGGUGAUAAAGUUCAUAAAGAAGCACAUCUUCACUUGCUUUAGCACUCCAAGGGCAAUUAUAACUGAUGGAGGUAAGCAUUUCAUUAACCAUCUUGUUAAGAAUCUUCUUGCAAAGUAUGGUAUUCGUCAUCAGGUUGCUACAACUUACCAUCCUCAAAUGAGUGGACAAGUGGAGGUUUCAAAUAGAGAGGUGCAACAAAUUUUUCAGAAAAAGGUGAAUGCGCAAAGGAAAGAUUGGUCUGAUAAAUUAGAUGAUGCGUUGUGGGCAUAUAGGACUACAUAUAAAAUACCAAUAGGGACUUCUCCCUAUCACAUAGUAUUUGGGAAAGCAUGUUACCUUCCUGCGGAAUUAGAACAUCAAGUAUAUUGGGCAAUCAAGAAGCUGAACUUAAACCUCGAGCUAGCCGGAUAA